GGUCACUCUUCUGAGCUUUGAAGUGACUUGUCUGGUUGUACUCCUUUUCGGUUGCUAUCAUACAAACGCCUGGCCAGAACUUCGCCAUCCAUGGCGAGCCGAACUUUAAACUUUGAAGCCUACAGAAUACCUGUUAUGCAACACUUGAAACACACCCAUGCUGGUCCAAGCCUUGCCAGUCACCAUCGGCACCGCUUCGCGAUACCGACAGCUUGGCCAUUCUAUUCUCGACCUGGACUAACUAGCUACGUUACGGAGAAACAGGCCGACGUUCUGUUGUUUAUUUCUCGGUGGACUGCUAUCAAUCUUACUGUUGGCCCUUUGUUCAACAUCGGUGUUCUCUGUCCUCGCAGGCCAUGCGUACUUGGUUUCUGAUGCCAUUCUAUCUCUUGGUCUUUCCGAGGACUACGCUUUUGCGAAAUUACAGAAUCCACAAAGCCAUUUGGUUGCCCUUCAGGGGCUCACAAGUUUCCUGCUCCAGCCUCUAAUCGUGUCUCCAAAUGGCACGGGCUUCAACACCACAGAAGUAUAAAGGCCCGGUGAGUUCUUCGUAGUCAAUUACUGCUUUCCAGGUUCAAACUGCCAUUCCCACUUUGCCAUUCUUUACGGCCUCUGUGAGCUGCCCGUCGCCGGUCGACAUCCAUUCGUUCCAACAAAAAGUCACUCUCUCAGCCAAGUCGUUCAUCCCUUUCAUUCCCCACGUCUUCGUUGUUUGGUCCAUAACAGCAGACAUGUUCAAGUCUCUGGGUCUUCUCACCCUUGCGGCUACUGCGAAGCUAGCCUCGAGCCAUGCUACCAUAUUCAAUGCUCACAUCAACGACAUCGAUCAAGGUCGUGGCGAUUCUGCAGCUGGAUAUAUUCGGGCACCUCCGAACAAUUCACCACUGGUGGAUGUCACCUCCAAGGAUAUGAUCUGCAAUGUGAAUAAUUUCCCAGUAGCCAAGACGCUCUCUGUCAAGGCUGGGGAUAAGUUCAGCUUUGAAUGGCACCACAAUACGGCAGGCCCCGAGGAUGACAUUAUCGACCCAUCUCAUCAGGGCCCUGUGCUUGUCUACAUUGCUCCCACGACUGAAGGCACCGCUGGCAAUGGUUGGGUCAAGAUCUACGAGGACGGCUUUGACGGUAGCUUUGCGGUUGACAAACUGAUCAAGAACCGAGGCAUCCACUCAAUCAUCAUUCCAGAUAUCCCUGCUGGUGAAUAUCUUCUACGGGCCGAGAUCAUCGCUCUCCACGAAGGAUUCUUUCUCAAUGGUGCUCAGUUCUACCCGGGCUGCAUCCAGAUCGAGAUCACUUCUUCUGGCACCACUCCUCUGCCAUCGGGGUCAACAAUUCCUGGCAUCUACUCUGCCAAUGAUCCUGGUAUUCUAUUUGACUUGUACAAUGGCGUCACAUCCUAUACAAUUCCAGGACCACCGGUGUGGGAUGGCACUUCAUCAGGCACCGACCCGGUCCCUCCUACGGCACCGACUCCAACUACGCUCCAAACCUCCGUCAUUCCAGCAACCACUUUGACUACUUCGACCACUUCAGCCCCGUCAACCGAUUCUCCUCCCCCUGCCACUUCAAGCACAGCACCCCCAACUGGUGGUGUCAUUGUCGGCGAAUGGUUGCAAUGCGGAGGACUUGAAUACGUGGGCCCAACGACGUGUGCCGCUGGUCUCACCUGCAAGGAAUGGAAUCCUUACUAUGCACAGUGUGUCUCACCAUCAAUUCUUUGAUCCAACACACCUUUCUGCCCGUGUGUCGUCUGGUAUGAUCGCUGCUCGUUCACCCACGAAAGGAUGAUCUGUCAACUCCCCCCGACUUGUCGGGAGUCAUCAACAAGCUGUAAGAGCACUGUCAUGCCCUGCUCUGACACCGCAGUCUCCCUAUUGACAAGCGCGGGCUCUCCUGCACCAUUCGUGGCCUUUGGUUGAAAUUUUGAAGGCUCAGUCAAUCACGUAGAUCUUGAUUGGUUUCUAUUUAUACACAGUCGUAUAUGUCAGUAUCUACAAUGUAACAGUCAGUUCCCUGCUUUAAUGUCC